UAUCUAGAAGGCCGCGACCCACUACAGAUUACAGAAGGCAGCGGCAAAACACAGAUUAGAAGCAGUGGCGUUAUCGCGGUAGCUGUGGAUGGACCUUUGACCAGUUUUGUUUACAGCGCAGUCAGAAUUUCCACGAGAGAUUGUGUAUUUGCUUUGUCAAGAUGUUGUUGCUGUUUGUGUUGGCAUCACUGCUUCCUCUCAGUUUUCAACAGUGUCUGACUGCCAAGGAUGAGAUACGCAAGCUGAGUGACACAGCACAUCAGUCUUUACUGCAGAGUGAACUGCAGUUUUCUGCAGACUUGCUGCGGUCUGCAGCCUCCCUACUGCCAGAUGGUAACCUGAUAAUCUCUCCCUCAAGUGUGUUUCAAGCUUCGCUUCUGGCCUACUUCAUAUCAGCCAAUCAGACUGAGCGAAGUCUCAAGCAGGCUUUGCAUCUUGCUGACGAUUAUGAUAAACUUGACAUUCUUGGGGCUUACAACAUGGAGAACUUCUACCAGAAACUUCGAACUGCUAAAAGCCGAAGUUACCAACUGAGCAGUGCGAAUCGGUUUUAUUUUGCCAAAGAUUUAAAAGUACAAUACUGUAUGAAGGUACUGUUUGCUGAGGAAUUGUACCCAGCUAAUUUCCAAGAGAAUUCUAAAGGAGUGGUCAAGAAGAUCAACCAAUGGGUAGCUGCGCAAACCAGAAAUGUUAUGAAAGACUUUCUAUCCGAAGACGCAGUGACGAAGGACACCCAGUUGGUUUUGGUGAAUGCCGCUUACUUCAAAGGGAAAUGGAAGAGUCCGUUUGAUGAAAAUAAUAGUUAUGAAGGAAAUUUUCAUCUCAGCAAUGGUUCGGAAGUAAAAACUAUAUUGAUGACUCAGGACGGAAAAUUUAAAUCCAAGGUAGACAAGAAGCUAGGAGUUGAGGCUGUGGAGCUACCAUAUGUUGGAGAUGACAUUAGCAUGUUCGUGCUUCUCCCACUCAAACCUUCUCCAUCAGCUGUUCAAGACUUGAUAAAGAAGUUGGACGGCAAAGCAUUGUUGUCUCUCAUCCAAACUAUGGGUGCCAAGGAAUCUCUUGGACCCAAGAGAACUGUCACCAUUCCCAAGUUUACUGUAGGGUCGGAGUUAGAUUUGACUCCAAUUUUAGAAUCACUGGGGGUUGGAGAUUUAUUCACCAAGUCAGGAGAUCUCAGCACUCUGAGCCCUGAUAUAUCAUUCUCUGAAGCUGUUCACAAGGCUAAGUUAGAUUCAACGAACAUAUACAGGCAUAUAAAUCGAAGAACAAAACAUCAAUGA